GCCAGUACGUAAAGCGUUGUCGUAUUCUCCUACUUCUGGAGACUCAGGAGCCGCGUGUAGUUUUGUUCCCACCCAAUACCUCCUGUUUGUUCUUUCGGCUGUCAGGUCAUUAAGUACGGCUUGUUGCCUUAAUACGGAGCAGACGAUUCUGCAUAAUAAAUACAUAUAAACAGGGUUUGCAUACAGUUAAGUGCGACAUAGGAUUAAUAUCUAGUGCACUAUGGACGAGUGGCGUUGCAGAAACAUGGAAGGGGUCAGAAACACUCAGCAGCAACAGCUGCAGCAAUGUGAGGAAAAGCUGGGCACCUUGCAAAAAACUGAGAAGAAGUUUAUACUGAGCUAUGUGGGUUGGUCUUCCUUGGACAGGAGGACUACUUUACCAAUGUUGCCUUGGUUGCUGGCUGAGAUCCGCAGAAAGAGUGAAAAGCAAGAUAGUGGGUCUACCCCAGCCAGGGAGGUCCUCCUCAUCUUGUCUCCACCGCUUAUUCGUUGUGUCCCUUUAGCUACUAGCAGUAACACUUCAGUGUUCAUAUUUGAACAUAAAGCACAGCAUAUUUCCAGAUUUAUUCACAACAGCCAUGACAUCACCUACUUCGCUUACCUGAUCAGGACUCAGCCAGAUAAUCCUGAAUCCGAGAUGGCAUGCCAUGUCUUCAAAGCUACAGACCACAACCAGGUUCCAGAUGUUAUUAGCAGCAUCCGACAGGUCUCCAAAGCUGCACUGAAGGAGGAUGUUAAACCAAAGCCAGAUAAUGAAGAUGCAUUUUACAAUUCUCAAAAAUUUGAAAUCCUGUACUGUGGCAAGGUUACAGUUUCUCACAAAAAAGCCCCUUCCACGAUUAUUGAUGACUGUAUUGAGAAAUUUACCCAACAUGAACUUGAGCGCCAGCGUCUAAAGCUCCUCAAUGAAGAGCAGUUCGUAACAGAAGAAAAUCUGGACCCCCUGCUAACUGAAACCGGCCCUCCAGAGUCACAUUCAUAUGCAUUGUUUGAGCUAGGUUAUGAUAGCUCUGACUUGCUUACAUCCAGUGGAAGUCAGAGCAGUAUUGGUUUUAAUCGCAGUGCUUUCCCUGAGAGCAUUCUAGAAGACUCUGGCUUUGAUGACCAGCAAGAGUUUCGUAUCAGAUGCAAUAGUGUUGCUUCAGGGAUGCAAAAGAAACUAUCUGAUGCAAGUUUAAAAGGCCAGUCUCGUCGACGGCAUGCUAGUGCACCAAGUCAUGUGCAGCCAUCGGAUUCUGACAAAAACAGAACCAUGUUAUUUCAGGUGGGCCGAUUUGAAAUAAACCUCAUCAGUCCUGACACCAAGUCUGUUGUCCUUGAAAAGAAUUUCAAAGACAUAUCCUCUUGUUCUCAGGGUAUAAAGCAUAUGGAUCAUUUUGGAUUCAUCUGUCGUGAAUCUAUCGAACCUGGAGUAAAUCAGUAUGUGUGUUAUGUAUUCCAGUGUGCGAAUGAGCCAUUGGUUGAUGAAGUGAUGCUGACCCUUAAACAAGCUUUUAGUACAGCUGCUGCUCUCCAGAGUGCUAAGACUCAGAUUAAAUUAUGUGAGGCUUGUCCUAUGCACUCCUUGCACAAACUUUGUGAAAGAAUUGAAGGCCUCUAUCCACCAAGAGCUAAGCUUGUUAUACAGCGCCAUCUAUCCCAGUUAUCAGACAAUGAGCAGGCUGACAUUUUUGAACGUGUUCAGAAAAUGAAGGCCAGUGGUGAUCAGGAAGAGAAUGAGCUGGUUAUGUUACAUUUGCGACAGCUGUGUGAGACCAAGCAAAAGGCACAUGUGCAUCUUGGAGACCCAUCAUCGAAUACCUCAGGUGUUGUGGUCCCAGAAAAUCCAGCAGGCAGUGGCAGGUUUAAGCUUGAUAUUUUGAAAAACAAGGCCAGAAAAUCCUUGACCAGCUCACUGGAAAACAUCUUUUCAAGGGGGGCUAGUCGAAUGCGAGGCCGCCUUGGAAGUAUGGACAGCUUUGAACGCUGCAAUAGCCUGACAUCUGAUCGGGAUUAUUCACCAGGAGACUCUCCACCAGGCACGCCACCAGCGUCCCCUAUUUCGUCACUUACACAGUCAUUCCCAGAAGAAGAUCCUGACUCUCCGCAGUUCCGAAGACGUGCACACACGUUCAGCCACCCGCCUUCCAGUGCUAAAAAGAAAAUCAAUUUCACAGAUGCAAAAUCUCAGAGCAUCUCCCGGUCACCUGUUUUCAGACAGAAUUCUGCAACUUCAGAGAUACCUCAGAGCAGUCCCAUUAAUAUUGCAAGACACAGCUUUGCAGGGAAUGAAUCCUCUUCCUCCAGUCUCCCUACAUCCUUGUCUGCCCCUUCUUUCCUGACCAAAUUUUAUCAAAGUUCUGGAAGACUGCUGCAGCAGUCGGAAACUACAGGCUUGAAGAGCGAUGGUGAAGGCAGAAGGAGGACAUUCUCUGGCUGUAGCAAUGACUCAUUAAGCACUGGAGGAGUCUGUCUAACUCCUCGCCACAUUUCGUGGCGGCAGCGGAUUUUCCUGCGAGUGGCUUCACCUAUGAAAAAGUCUCCAGCAACCAUGCAGCAUAAAGAUCGACUUGAUGGAAAUGAGUUGUUGCCACUGUCUCCUCUUGCUGCAGCUAUUCAAGAAGACCCGCUGGCCUCCAUGUUGGAACCAGAUGAUUUUCCAGAUGGGAUCAUAAGGAAGAAAACAAGUGGUGAAAUAAGAAGUUUAUGGCGAAAAGCCAUUCAUCAACAAAUUCUUUUGCUUAGAAUGGAGAAGGAGAACCAAAGGCUAGAAGAAGCAAGCAGGGAUGAAUUACAGAGCAGAAAAAUUAAGCUGGACUAUGACGAACUGGUUAUGUGCCAAAAAGAUAUGUUACCUGUAUGGGAUAAGAAGAUACGGACCUGUGCAAAAGUUAGGUGUGACACUGAGGAGCUGUACACUGCUCUUAAAGAUGGAGUACCAAAGAGUCGUCGUGGUGAAAUUUGGCAGUUUCUGGCUGCUCAGUAUCGCCUUAGGCAUCGUCUGCCAAAUAAACAGCAACCACCAGACAUUCCGUACAAAGACUUGUUAAAACAGCUGACAGCUCAACAGCAUGCCAUCCUGGUUGAUCUAGGUCGGACAUUCCCCACUCACCCAUACUUCUCUGCUCAGCUGGGUGCAGGACAAUUGUCCCUUUUUAACCUCCUAAAAGCCUACUCUUUGCUGGAUGAGGAAGUAGGUUACUGCCAGGGCAUUAGUUUUGUGGCUGGAGUCCUUCUGCUUCACAUGAGUGAGGAGCAGGCCUUUGAAAUGCUAAAGUUCCUCAUGUACGAUCUGGGAUUCCGUAAACAAUACAGACCUGACAUGAUGUCUCUUCAGAUUCAGAUGUAUCAGCUAUCCAGGCUUCUCCACGACUACCACAGAAACCUGUACAGUCACUUGGAAGAAAAUGAGAUUAGUCCGAGCCUUUAUGCCGCUCCCUGGUUUCUCACGUUGUUGGCAUCACAGUUCCCACUUGGAUUUGUAGCUAGAGUAUUUGAUAUAAUCUUCCUUCAAGGGACUGAAGUAAUAUUUAAAGUGGCACUGAGCCUGCUUAGUAACCAUGAAGUGCUUAUAAUGGAAUGUGAUAGCUUUGAGACAAUUGUGGAUUUCUUAAAAAACACAAUACCAGACAUGACAAAGUCACAGAUGGAAAAGAUUAUUACACAGGUCUUUGAGAUGGAAAUCUCGAAACAGCUUCAUGCCUAUGAGGUUGAAUACCAUGUACUGCAAGAUGAGAUGCUGGAAGCCACAAGUGUGUCUGAUGAUAUGGAGAGACUGGAGAGACUUGAAAGGGCAAACAGCCAAUUGAAGAGGCAAAACAUGGAUCUUUUGGAGAAACUGCAGGUUGCUCGAGCCAAAGUCCAGAAUUUGGAAUGCAAUAUGGAGACCAUUCUAACCAGAGAAAACAAAGCAAAGCACUUGAUACGAACGCUGGAGCAGGAGAAGGCCACAUAUCAAAGAACUGUCGAGUAUAUGCGUAAAUAUUUGUCUGUUGAACAGCUUUCAGAAUGCGAGUUGUUUCUGAGGGAAACCAGCUACAGUUUGAACAGUAAAACAAAGCCAGUAAAUAAAAAAACAUAGACAUUAUGAACCACAGAACAAGAGGCAAUGCCAAGUAAAGUAGCUAGGAAGAAUAUUACCAGUGCACUCUGGGCGAGCCUUUGGCAAACAGUGGCUUUUGGUGUUUCGGUUCAUUGGCAUUCUGGUCCAGGAAGAACAGUAACCCAGUGUUGAACUUUUGUGAUAUCUUUAUGCAAAGCCCUACCUUCUUAUAAUUAUUUUCACAAAGAGCAUCAGGCUCAGUGUUGUGCUUUCCUAUUUCUUGGAAAGGAAAUCAGAAAUGCUGCAAAAUAUUGCUGUAUACAGAACUUGAAACAGGUAUAGGGGAGAACAGAAAAACAUGAAUCCUCAUUUUAUGGAAAACCUAAGUAUUUUUUUAUGGGUUACUUUGAUCUAAUAUAAAACCUCAUUAAUCAGAGACAAUGUGAUGGCAAAUUUAAAUUCUGGUAUGCAGUUUCAAAUGUUUUGUGUCUUUGUGGCAAAAUGAGGAUAUGUUUUUUCAGAUGUAUAUUUCAAACUAUACUUGAAAACAAAAUGAAUGUAACUGUUGCCUCCAAAGAAACAGCAUGUUUCAUACAUUUUUGUUCAAGAAACUCUAUGUAGAUCAUACAUGUUUGUGACUGUUUUUAUUGACAUUUUAGGGAAUAUAUCAUGUGACUGUGAUGUACAAACCUGAAGUGUCUUGCACUCCCUAAGUUGUGCCUAUGAGAAGUCUAAUUAUUUUGCAUGUUGCUGACAAGGUACUAUUUUUGAAGCAUGAAGAACAUUAAUUGUUCAGAGUGCUCAAAAUUAUUACAGAUUGUAUGAUGGUAGGGGAUGAGCUUUGUUCUUCACCUUUGUAGCAGUGAAUGCAAAUACUUUCUAGAAGGUACCUCAGAUAGUGUUAAUGAAAAGCUUUACAUUUUACAAGUGUAUAUUAGCGGUCUCCCUUCAGAUUUUAUGCAAAUGGCCAUGUCUCUGUCCACAGUUAAACUAAUGAAAUUGUGUUUGCCUCAAUAAUAAUUAUGUCCUGCUGGUUAGAACAGACCUGUCAGUUUGAAGCUUCUUCCAUUGCUUAAAUGCUGUACUGCACUUAAAAUGAAAAUUGUUUCUUAUUAGCAGUAUAAAACUGCUAUACUUUAUUGUUAUUUUAUUUUUAAAAUGUAAAUGUAGUGGUCGGGAAACAUUGAGGAAAUGGCUGCGUCAGAAUUUUUGUACAGUAACACUAGCUGAAUAUCAAUGCCUUACAAAAGGCAGUCUGAGUUUUUACGUAAAAUUGUUUUCCUUUCUGCAGAUGCCCUUUUCUGGGCAGGCUGCAUUUAUUUUAUUUUAUUUUAUUUUUUUAAGUAAAACCAUUUUCCUUUUACAAUUACAUUAAAGUGCCAAACUCAGCAAUGUGUAAGAUCCAUUGUUGUCAAUGUAUUUUGUGGCAAACUGUCAUAUGUCACUCUUCAUUAUUCAGUGUUCUCCAGAAUUCGUAUACUAAAGAUCCUUAAAGAAAACUCAUUGAAAUGGUUUGCUGCUGUCUUUGUUGAAACUGUAUCUUAGCUUUAGUAAUGCAUUUGAUAAAUGUAAACGUCAAAUUGCUGAACAGUACCUGUGUACUGCAUUUGGUGCAAAUUCUUUAAACCAUUGUAUGUUUGAUGUUACAGUCAUAUUGUAACAUGAGAACAAAAGGUGAUACUUUUAUUAAAAAGGGGUUAUAAAUGGA